AGAAAAGCUCUCGGCAUAUCAGCCUCAAAGUCAAACUCCUGCCACCAAGUAACUGGAUUCCCGGGGAAAUUUCUUCCUUAGUGUCCCGGUUGAUCCACUUUAUAGGACGCGAUCACGGGUGAAAUGGAGAAGUAAAAGGAGCACUUUCCCAACAGCUACCUUCGUAUUGCAUAUCAAUAAAACUGGUACAAGUGACAUAAUAUUAUAGCUUCUCUUCGCCUUUUUGUCUCGUAGGUGGUGGAAGAACUUUGAACUUGAACUUGGAAACGAUCACGGUAGAUGUAGUUGCACAAGCCAUUACUCGUUACAGGUGAUGAUGAACGCAGAAGCUCGCUGCUUCAAGUCUUGUCUAGCCCUUCGACCACGGUGCUAAGACCGUUAUUUGCAGACCGUGUACGUAGAGCAGUGGAAGACCAAACGGAAGGAAGGCAAGAUGGCACCAAUAAGAAAGAAGAUCAAGAAUUUGAAGCUUGGCGAUCACAUCUACGUCAAGAAGAGGCUCUGUAGAAGAUCGUUCUGUCACCAUGGCAUUGUUUCAUGCAUUGGCAAGGAUCUCAAGACAUUCAAGGAUUUCAAAGUGAUCGGCUUCGGCCGCAAAGGUCGUAAGAGACUUGUCAUCAAAAAUAUUUUCCGAAAAUCCAAGAGCGUUGAAAUGGAAAAGGAGGAUUUCAAACCGGAGGCCUGCCCUAGGACACCAAGACAGAUACCAGAUGGGAGUCAAAGAAUCUGCAACGUGGCCAGCAGCACUGUGGACACUGGGCACACUAGAAACGACAGUACUACGGGGAAAUGCUGCACUGACAUCCCACAUCCUGGCUCUACUGACAUCCCACCUCCUGGCUCUACUGACAUCCCACCUCCUGACAGCACUGAUACCCCACCUCCUGACAGCACCGCCGAAGCAGCAUCGGAGAAGACAGCCUCGCCUGUUGCUAUGACAACGCCAACUCGGCCGGCCACAGGAAAGAUGUCAAGGAUAUUCAGAGGACUCUUGAUGAGCAGCGGGAAAAAACUCACCAACACCUUGUUCCCCGCAACGCAGAAAGAAGACGACAUAUCCAAGUUUGUGCUCAAAACCAAAAAUCAUACGGACGAAGUGUAUGUGUAUGCCUAUGGUGAGAGCAGUGAGGAAGUGCACUAUCUGCAAGGGUCAUCUCCGCAUGACAGUCACAAUAAUGAGCGCGCUGCCGACAUAGCCAAGCUCUUCUUGCCUGAUGAGUCAGUGGACGAGAAGCAGCGCUGUAAGCGGUCGUUCGGCGAUUACGACCUGGAGAGUUGGAACUGCGAGUGCUUUGCGACGUUCUGCAAAACAACCCAACACCCCGUGGAGGAGAUUGCGGCCAGGGUGAAACAGCUGAAGCGACGCCAGUGCGUAGGCAAGCGGUUCUUGCACGCCAACAGUACCAUUGUGUCACACCAGGUACAUCGGUACUGGGAGAAAGGAGAAAUGUGGAGGGAGACGUUUGAUGAGCCCACCGGGGACACGAGCGAUGAAGAAGAGCCUAGUGGAGACACGAGCGAUGAAGACCAGCCCGAUGGAGACACAAGCGAUGAAGAAGAGAACACUGACAAGGUAACCGGACGAGGCCAAAGAGAUACACGUGAGAGACAAACGGCGCAAGAAGUCGCUCAGGAAGAGUGCCAGAGUAACAAUUCUGUCAGAUGUGUGAGUACAGUGGAAACUAGCCUAUAAAGACCAAUGCCCUAAUCCUGCCACGACAGCAACAAGUGACAUCAUUAUUUUAUGCUUCGGCUGUGUUAGUCCCUAGCGUAUUCCUGGCCAGCACAGCACUACGAUUUCGUUCAUGCUGCUUUGCGCGUUCAUGCUGCUUUGCGCGUUCAUGCUGCUUUGUGCGUUCAUGCUACUUUGCGCGUUUAUUUGCUGCAGUA